CAUUGCUAACUUCAAGUUAUUGUCCGAUCAUCGUUCGUCAACGAAGCGGUGAUAACUUUUCAUCAAAUUUUUCAUUUUGUUCAAUGUUGUGCCAAUAAAUAAAGUAUAUUAGAGUUUUUAUACUCUUCCAAUUAAAGGGAACGUGUUGAUGAAUUUAAAUUCGAUUUAUUAUGUUUGUAAACGUACAUAUGCUUUGUUGUGAGAACCACCUUUAUCUGCUGUCAUUCUAACUGCAAGAAAAAUUUUCUAUAAUGAAACAUAGGUUGUUCACAAAGCAGUAACUUGUUCGUAUUAUUAUCACAACACGACUAACAGACUAUCCAGCUGUUGAUGUGUCGUUAUGCGAAUAGUGUUUUUCUUCGGAGUAGUGAUUUGGAGAAUGUGCGGUGGCGUUUAGUGUCUCAAGGGGUCAGAGACAGAGUUCAGCAUGGGGACAGUAAAGGAUGAAGAACGUAUGCGACGUCUACGUUUGCUGGAAGAGAGGCUGUGCGACCCUCGCUCAACCGGCAACGUGGACUGUCUGCUAGACACCGUCACAGCACUGAUAUCGGACUGUGAUCAUCCAGCCAUUCGACGUAUGAAAAAUGUCGAAGCAUACACGAGUAGAUAUGAGGAAUUUGCUUCAGAAAUAGUUGAUCUGCGUAUGAAAGCAGCUGAUUUUGAUCUUAUUAAAGUAAUUGGUCGUGGAGCAUUUGGUGAAGUUCAGCUAGUCAGACAUAAAUCAACACGAUUGGUAUAUGCUAUGAAGCUAUUAAGCAAAGUAGAAAUGAUAAAAAGAUCAGAUUCUACUUUUUUCUGGGAGGAAAGACACAUAAUGGCACAUGCAAAUUCUGAGUGGAUUUUAAAACUGCAUUUUGCAUUUCAAGACCAUAAAUAUCUUUAUAUGGUUAUGGAUUACAUGCCAGGUGGUGAUUUAGUUAGUCUAAUGUCUAAUUAUGAUAUACCUGAAAAAUGGGCAAAAUUUUACACUAUGGAAAUUGUACUUGCAUUAGAUGUAAUUCAUGGAAUGGGUUUUGUUCAUAGAGAUGUUAAACCUGAUAAUAUGCUGAUUGACAAAUAUGGCCAUUUAAAAUUGGCUGACUUUGGGACUUGUAUGCGAAUGGGCCCAGAUGGACUAGUGCGUGCUAGCAAUGCUGUUGGUACACCUGAUUACAUAUCACCUGAAGUGCUUCAAUCCCAAAAUGGCGAAGGAGUAUAUGGUCGUGAAUGUGACUGGUGGGCAGUUGGGAUAUUUCUUUAUGAAAUGUUAAUAGGUGAUCCACCUUUUUAUGCUGACAGCUUAGUGGGUACCUAUGGUAAAAUUAUGGAUCACAGAAAUUCUUUGCAGUUUCCGGAUGAUAUAGAUAUUUCAAAAGAAGCCAAAUCUCUUAUAAGGGGUUUGUUAACUGACAGGGUAAAAAGACUGGGCAAAAACAGUGUAGAUGAAAUUAAGCAACAUCCAUUCUUUAUAAAUGAUCAAUGGAGUUUUGAAAAUCUCCGUGAUUCAGUACCACCAGUCGUCCCAGAACUAUCUAGUGAUGAUGAUACUAGAAACUUUGAUGAUAUUGAAAAGUCAGAUGCAUUAGAUGAAUCAUUUCCUGUGCCAAAGGCCUUUGUAGGAAACCAUUUGCCAUUUGUUGGUUUCACUUAUAAUGGUGAUUAUCAGAUAUGUGGUGGUAGAAUAAAACCAGCUGAUGUGGUGGAUACAAUUUCAAAUAAUCAUAUUAAUAAUGUAGGUUCUGAAGCUAUUCUUCAAUUAGAAAAGUUAUUAGAGAGAGAAAGAGAUUCAAGAAGGAAAUUAGAAGAUAGGCAAGUGAUGCUUUGUAAUCAGUUAGAAGACAUGUCACAAAGGGAAAUGAGAAAUAAGAAAAUAAUUGGAGACACAGAUAAAGAACUGGCUUUAUUAAAACAUGAUCUAAAAGAAAUACAGCGGAAAGCAGAAAUAGAAGCAGAUUCCAGAAGAAAAGCUGAAAUAAAUUAUAAUGAUAUAAAACGGCGGCUUGAGGAAGAGCAAAGUAAGAGAGUCAAGGAAAUGAGUAGUUUGCAAAUAUACAAUGAAAAAAUUAAUGCUUUGGAGAAACAAUUAACAGAGAUGCGUGAAAAAUUGAAACAAGAGUCUGAGGCAGCAGCAAAGUCACGUAAACAGGCUGCAGAGCUAAGUGCAGCUCAAGCUGCGGCCGCCGCUGCGAGUGACGGUACAGUGGCGAGCCUCAGAGCGCAGCGUGAUGCUUUAGAGCGAGAAUGUGGUGCUUUAUCCGAAGAGCUUGGUUCCGUGAAGGCAGCUAAGCAACGUUCGGAGGCUUCAGUUGCUGAAGCUACCAAUAGGUUAAAUGCCGCACAUUCAGAGCUAGAAAGAUCAUCAAUGAGGAUCAAUCAAAUUUUAACAGACAAUAGGCAGCUCUCUGAGCGUGUAUCCUCAUUAGAGAAGGAGUGCACAUCUUUAGCACAUGAUUUAAGAACGUCACAACAUCUGUACCAACAAGAGGUGAGGGCUCAUCAGGAGACCCAGAGAUCUCAAUUGCUUUCUAAGCAGGAAGCAAACUUGGAGCUAGUCAAAGACGUGGAUCAUGCGAUUGUUCAUCCAACAGCAUUACAAGGCAAGUUGAAUGAAGAGAAGACAGCGCGACAGCGAGCAGAAGCUGGUUCUCAGGAAAAGGAUCGACAGAUGUCAAUGCUGAAUGUAGACUACAGGCAGAUGCAACAAAGGUUGCAGAAACUUGAGGGAGAACACAGACAGGAAAGUGAAAAGGUGGCGGGCUUGCAAGCGGCGCUGGAGCAGGAGCGCGCGGCGCGGCUGUCCGCCAGCUCGGAGACCGCGGCGGCGGAGAGCGCGGCGCGCGCGGCCGCGGCGGAGCGGGACGCGCGCGCGCGCGACCUGCACGCCGUGCGCUCCGCGCUGCACGACGCGUCCGAGAAGCUGGCCGCCGCGAGCGCCGAGCGCGACAUGCACUAUGCGAGGAGCGAAGAGUUACGAUCUCAGCUCGAGAGUGAGCAGCACUACUGCGUGAUGUACCGCACGCAGGCGAACGAUGCGCGCGCGCAGCUCGACGAGAGCUCGCGAGCCAACCGCGACCUGGAGCAGGAGCGCGCCAGUCUCAUGCACCAGCUGCAGUUGGCCAUCGCCAGGGCGGACUCAGAGGCGAUUGCAAGGUCAAUAGCGGAGGAGACGGUGGGCGAGUUGGAGAAGGAGAAGACGAUGAAGGAGCUGGAGAUGCGCGAGGCGCUGGCGCAGCACCGCAGCGAGCUGGCGGCGCGCGACGCGCUCGUGCAGGGGCUGCGCGACCGCGACCACGAGAACCGCGCCACCAUCGACCUGCAGCGCAAGGAGGUGGACGAGCUGCGACGAAGCGGCACGGCGCUGGCGGAGCGCGUGGCGACGCUGCAGCGGCUGCAGGAGGACGUGGACCGGCUCAACAAGAAGCUCAACUCGGAGAUCAUGCUCAAGCAGCAGGCGGUCAACAAGCUCGCCGAGAUUAUGAACAGGAAGGACAUGAACCCGGCGUCCACGAAGAACAAGAGCAAGAUGUCCGUCCGCAAGGACAAGGACUACCGCAAGCUGCAACAGGAGCUGACGCGCGAGAAGGAGAAGUCGGACCAGCACAUCGCCAAGCUGCAGCGAGACCUGCAGGAGUCGCAGCAGCAGCUGCUCGAGGAGCAGCAGACGAGGCUCCGGCUGGCUAUGGAGGUGGACAGCAAAGACGCGGAAAUCGAGCAACUGAAAGAGAAGCUCGCGGCGCUCACCAGCGAGACGGCGUCGCAGUCGUCCGCCGACGCCGAGGACGGCGAGACGGAGCAGACGCUCGAGGGCUGGCUCUCCGUGCCCUUCAAGCAGAACAUACGCCGCCACGGCUGGAAGAAGCAGUACGUGGUGGUCUCCUCCAAGAAGAUCAUAUUCUACAACAGCGAGAACGAUAAGCAGAACACCACGGAUCCGGUCAUGAUUUUGGAUUUGAGCAAGGUGUUCCACGUGCGCUCGGUGACGCAGGGCGACGUGAUCCGCGCGGACGCGAAGGACAUCCCGCGCAUCUUCCAGCUGCUGUACGCGGGCGAGGGCGAGGCGCGGCGCCCCGGCGACGCGCAGGAGCAGCCCGCCGACGCCGCCGAGCACGCCGGUAACACAGUGCAACAUAAGGGCCACGACUUGGUCAGCAUCACGUACCACAUCCCGACAGCGUGCGAGGUGUGCACGCGCCCGCUCUGGCACAUGUUCCGUCCGCCGCAGGCCUAUGAGUGUCGACGUUGCCGCAUGAAGGUGCACGCGGAGCACGUGACGGAGGCGGGCGGCGAGGGCGUGGCGGCGUGCAAGCUGCACGCGGACCGCGCGCGCGAGCUGCUGCUGCUGGCGCCCGCCGCCACGGAGCAGCGCCGCUGGGUGGCGCGCCUCGCCCGCCGCGUGCAGCGCUACGGGUACCGCGCCGCGCACACCAACCACGACCUCACCAAGCUGUCGCCCAGGGAUUCAAUGCGGUCGAACCUGAAAGUGGCGUACAUGAACGCGUCGCAGCGCAGCUCCACGCUGCCCGCCAACGCGUCCUUGCCGCGCCAGUGACUCGGCGCGCCAACCGCUGCCUGAUCUCGACCAAUUAACCAAUCAAUACCAAUUGUAACACUUGACCGGUUAUACCGGUAUUAUACCGGUUUUUACCGGUUAUCAUACCGGAACUUCAGGCUUUCAUACAUGUCGAAAGACACCCUCAGUGGCGGAGGAGUCAAUACCUACGACUCGAUUGCGAAACGACCUUAGUUCAAUUUAAGACGAUUUCGAUGUGGCCUACGACUAUUACUUUUACAUAACUCACUGGUGCAUACUAAGGCCUCACGUUAGACGUUUAAGUCGCAUUUUUUUACAUUUCGUUCUAUCGUUAUUACCGUAUGAUUAAUAUUGUUACGUCGCCGAUACGAAUGAAAGUUUAAUAUUUUAAGAUAUGUAUAUACCAGUUUAACUAGUCCAUAGAUUUCAUCCUUCGUCCAAAUUUUUUGUCCAAAUUUAUUGCCAGCGUUGUCGCUGUGAUAGUUUAUUUCAUGUACUUAUUUUGUUUGAUUUUUUUUUUGUACUAAAUUUAGUUACUAAGUAUAGAUCUGAAGAUGAGAAUUUGACUUGGCUAUUGUAAAAAUUUAAUUAACAUUAUUUGUUUACAUAUUAUAUACAGCAAUAUUGGAACAAUGUUGAUUAUUUGAGUUCGACAGUAAAACACUGGACAUGAGUUAAGUUAAGAAAGCUUUAUGAUGAUAUCUUGUACUAGUAAUCAAAGGCGGUAAAUUUUCUAAGCGUCAAUUUUUAAAAGAAAAGACUAAUUCUCAUUUAUUGUUCAUGACACUUGCUCAUAUGUUUCCUAUAAUAUUUACAUGAAUAUCACUCAACAGUAUAUUGAAGCUCCCCGUUUAUGGGAAUAUGACUUACAAUAUAUUAUUAUACAAAACUUAUUAAAUUAUAUGACAAACUCCUGAAUAUUGGAGAUCAGAUAAUAUCAUAAUGGAAUUUUUUUUGGAAAGUAUAUUUUAACAUUUCAAAUAUCUUGUUUGCUUUUGUAAAUAUAUUUAGUUACAUUGUGUUGAUAUUAUGACAAUUUUGUAUUUUCCUUAUUCUAUAAUAUGUAAUAUAUAGGUAUGCGUUUGGAAAAGAAUAGGUUUUUCAAAUUGUUGGUGCGGAUUUGUGCUUUAAAAUGUUUUGCAUGCGAGACGGUAUCGGGAAAGCUUAGCUUUGAAGAUGUGGUUCGAUAUGAUACUCUCAAAUCUCUCAGAACUAUUCGUGAAUGUAACAUAUGACAAUAUCAUUGAAUUAUAACCCCUAUAACAUAUAUUUUUAUACAGCAGCUUGGUGACGACCUAUUUAUCUCGUAGUCUUAGACGUUUUGUAAAUAUAAAACGACAAUUGGAGAUUCAUUAAACAGUUUUUACGAGGCUGAUGGUCAAUUAAUUACCAUGGUUAUAAAUUGCUUUGAUAAUUCAAUUGAAGGCCGCAGUGCGUAAAGUACACAUUUUUUACUAUAUACGUAAUCACUUGUAAUAUAAACACAUAAGCCGAUGGGAAUUGAGUAGAAUUUAUUUAAAGAAGUGCACUGGUUAUGCGACAGCAGCAGCUGUGACACCCAUGUCCGUGUAUUAAUCAUUAUACAAGUGAAUAUUUGGGCACAACAUAUUGUAGGUUAAGAACAUUGAAGUCACUCCUUGCUAUUUGCAUGUUAACGAAUACGAGUGCCAUAAGUGUUACUGAAAUUUCACAUUUUGCUCAAACGUUUCGAACACAGAAAUUUUCUUGUUUUAACGAGAGUGGCGAAUCCAACCCGGUAAUAUUUUGUUUUGGUCCUACCAAAAUAAUGUUAUCGAUCGUUUAAAAACGAAUAUUAUAAAAAUGAAUCUUCAUCGUAUCAUUCGAAAAUUAAUCCGUUAAAUAAGAAAAUAACACUGCCUAAGCGUACUAAGUAAUUCUUUUCUGCCUUACAGUGAAAGCAAUAAAGUCUUUAAGCUUUGAAUUUUUACGAAGUAUAUUCUGGAUAAAUGGGUGCCAAUUUGUUUUCAGCGUGUCUCUGUGCCCUAAAAACCACUAUUAACAAAGAAAUUAAUGUACAAAUGUAUUGUGUAUUUAUUAUAAUAACUGUUGGGCUUACGCAUGGUUGUGUAAAUUAACACCAAUUAAGUGAUAAUUAAGUUUAUGUGUCAAAUAGUGCAUUACCAAUGUGUACUCUUGUUAUUACCUUUAGUCGUGAUUUUUAAAGUACAAAUCAAUUGUUGAAGUACACUUUGCGGAUUUGAUCACCUCUUCCUUUUGUGUUCAACUUCUUUGUAUUAAGCUUUGGUUCAAGAAAUUGUGACGUUUAUAAACUUUGUUUUUUUUUUAUUUUUAUUAUAAUCAAGGCGAACUAAGCCGUAAAAGUGAAGUUUAGUAAACUCACAAUUAGAUUACAAUCAAAGCUAUUUAGUUAAUGUUUUUAAUAAGAAUAUCCGAGGAUUUGGACUGGCAUCGAAUGCAGGAAACGCUUAGUGGGCGGUCGCAGGAAGCGGGCUCGGAGCUGUGAUAUAGUUAAUUCGGCAACACCCGUGGUGCUAAUGAACGCUGGCCUCCAACGCAUUGUUGUUACUGUGGUUCUCGUUAAAUGUUAAAUUUGCCUUUUUAUUGCUCUACAAACUGUUAACAUUCCCACGAAAUGCUACAUACGUUGUUUUGUUUACUUUAGUUUUAUAUCGACUCAAGUUAUCUUCUGUCGCUCGAUCAGUUAUCCGCUUCUAUAUUUUAUAGGUUAAGCUCAGAAGCAUUAAUCAUUGUUUAUCAAAGCGCUCGUUUGUUGCAAAUUUACGUACUUAACACUCAUAAAUUGAACUUUCAUCGUAGUUUUUUACGCUUAUUUUUGAGAUGCAUUUUUAAAAUUUAUAUUAGGGCAGCUAUUGCAUUGCUUGUGUCAUUCCAUCACGUAUCGUUAUAAUAUAUUUUUGUUAUGCAGUUUUCGAUAUUUUUUGUGUUGCCAAAGAAAUUUUGGGAAAUUUACAAAUUGAUGUGAUGUUUGCAUUUUAUUUGAAAAUAUGUCUAACUUUGCGCUUUCAGAACUGUCAUUCAGAAUAGUUAUUUUAUGCCAUUAUAUAUGUCGAUAUAGUUGCUUGACAUUUUUCGGGAGUAUUUUUAUUAGCAAUGGAUAAGGUGGCGGUUUCAGAAAUACUCCCAAUUCGUCGGCAAUUUGUAACAUGUUUAUACCGAACAAUUAAUUAUUAUUCUCGUCAUUCUGUUAAUUAUUUAUUAUUAAUAUUAAUAUCAUAUUACAUAUUAUGUCGUCGUAAUCUUAUUUAUCAUUUUAAAAUUGUAAGUUCCUAACUAGCUAGCUUCUCAAUUAAAACUAACUCUUUUUGGAAUAACAGUUGCUUAUAUUGUAUUUGGGCAUAUAUACAUAUUGAUAUUUUUGAGAAAUUGUUAGGAAAAAAAAUUUAGAGAUUUUUGAAUGACGUAAUUGUUAUAUGUGCGUAUACGCACGUAAGCUACGUACGUCCGAUAAACACCUACAUGUGUCAUGCAAUACUAAUACCACGUGCCUUAGCUACACGGCCCACACCCAUAUCAUGUAGGCAUAUUAUUAUGUUAUGUAUCGAUAGUUAUAUUGUACAUAUGUUUUGAAAUAAACCAAUAUUUUAUGGAUUUUUUAAGGAAUUUGUAUAUUGUAAAGAUAAUUAUUAAUUUUAUCAUAUAAUUAAUGCCUAGCUAUUAAGUGCUACAUUUGUGAAAAAUAAAUAACAUUUUAAAAA